CCUCCCACGGGCGACUGGGGGGAAAGGGGACAGACUGGAUGUUCCGGUAAGGGAGUCGUAUGCAUCAGUAAGGACCCGUAUUGAAUAAUGUGGGCGCGGAAACGAGUCCCGCAACAAAAGCGGUGACACAUCCGCUGUUUCGGAUUUCAGCCGAACAUAAAUACAACGCAGUGAUCGACUUUGAUUUGAUAUCGGCAGAGUUUGGUGGAUACGCACACAAAAAUACGCGGGGAGACAAAAAUAUGGCAACUGCACCAAAUCCUUCCCUCUCCGUCGGCGGCUCAAUCGCGGGGCUCCUGGCGCUCGCGGGAACGAUCGAUGCACGCCUGUCGCGGUUCGACACCGAGGAACUGGCAAUGCAGAUAGUUACCGAGAUGCGGAGCCUCGCGGGUGUGUUAGGGUUGCUGAGGCAGUUGGUUUCGAACCCAAGUGGGAGUGGGAUGGCUUUGGUCAAGGUGGAACUUUUGGUCGUCGUGUUGACUGGGUGUGUGGUUGUGGUUGCCGAGUUGGAGGCCGAGCUGAAGGAGCAGGAAGAGGAUGGGCCGUGGAAGUGUGGGCCCGCUCAGGAGGAGAGGUUGAGGACGCUCGUCGACAAGUUGGCCGUGCAUAGGGCCAGCUUGAAUUUGAUGCUUACGGUAUUGCAAUGUCAGCCAACACCCGAAGCGGAGCAAUCGAUGAAGGAUAUGUUUGAGCAGGUCUCAAAGUUGGUGGAGACCAACCAGCGUCUGGUGAAACUAUGGCAGGACACACAGCCACCCGACUACGAUGCGCAAACGCUGCGUGGGGAUGCGGAUUCAGAGCUGCCAGGAGCAAAGGCUCCAGCAUACGCCGAGGAGGAGGGAGAAGCCUCCACUUCUCACAUCAUCCGAUUCGACGAGAGCGAAAACAUUGCGCAGCCGGUGGCAGUCCGAUUCGCGUUCGAAGACGCACUGCAUAGUACCCGAGUGUACACACGCACCGAGUCCAAUUCCGCUUCGAAAUCCUUCAAGAGUCUUCGCACCUCGGCAUCGAGUUGGACUCAGCUCACAGGGCUCUCGCUCGCUCAAGUCUCGAACAUCUCUGUGAUCCAGCUGCCGAUCUGUGCCAGUGAUUUGCCGCCAAGCUCCUCUCGCUGGUUCGAUUUGAGUGCGUUGUCGGCUUGCAUGGCGCGAUGGGGGAGGCAGGAAAAUGCGUUUGAUGUGAGCUCUUGGGGGGAGGCGGCGUUAGGGGCGGCAGCGUCGGUGAGGGAGAGGGCACAAGAGGUCCGGCGGAAUUCCGUGCCAAUGCUUUUCGAUAUGCCUUUCGGAGUCGUCCCCAGGCUGGUUCGAGGGACUGACAACACCGCAGGAGGGCUACAGGGACCUCCAUUCAUGCAAUAUCUCAUGCAAGCAACUCCCAACUCAAACCGUCCGGCAGCGAUCAAAAAGCUCAGCGCGCUUCCACUCGAUCAGUUGGGGGAGCUGCUCGUUUCCGUGGGAACCGAAGCACAUCGUCGAGAUGAAGAAAUGUCCAUUACACCCGCGAAAAUCCAGCCGCCCUCGACGCUCCGCGAACAGAAUCUGUGUGAUUUCAUAGCCGACCUGGAUUUCGUGUUGCAACGCUGGUGUAUCUUCUUCUCAUUCACACCUCCCACUACGGAGGAAAGUCGCCGGAUGGAACACAGACACACAAUCAUUGGCGGAGGUGCAAACGUCGAAAAAGGCCUCAUGACUCUGCCGUUGGGAACCAAGCCGGGCCUUGCUAUCGAGACGUCCAGCGGGCUAGAAUCGCCCAAACUCGGACAGCCCGUCCGGAAUACAAUCACCACUGCCAAAUCAGACGCCACCCCAUCAAUCCCCAGUCUCCCUCCAACUCCAGUCCCUGUCGUAAAACCUCCAUCCACAAACCUUGCCAUGACGCUGGGCAUCAUGGGCGACGCCUGCACCGGCAAAUCUCAGCUUCUCCAAUCCGGUGGCGCAGCAACACUAGAAGACCACACGCCAUUUCUGCUGGCUUGCCAGAACAUCAAUCUCGAUAUCCUCGACACCGGCGGAGCCUACGAGUACCGCUCGCUGCUCCCACGGUGGAUCGAAGAGACCCAGCUGUUCCUCCUCGUGUUCCGCCCGGAUCUCCCGGGCUCGCGGGACUUUGUCACGCAGCUUGUCGCCAUGAUCCGCGUACAACAUUCCGACGCUGAGAUGAACCCCAUCCUGGUCUUCGAGAACGAUAAAAGGCCGUUGGAAGGCUGGCGGGAUAGCAGUGAUGGCAGUAGAGUAGCGAGGCAGCGCUGGGCAGAGGAGCGGGGCUGCGAAUAUGUAGUUGGCGAUAGCGGACAGGUGGGGAUGGGCGAGACGCUGUUUAUUAGCCUGGCGAGGCGGAGACGGAUCGCGUUGGAGAAGCUCGUGGGUGGGAGUGGUAAGGGGAAGGGAAAGGCCGGAGGGAAGAGCAUUGUCGUUAGGGUUAGGAGUGCCCUGCAGAGACAGAUGUCGAGGGAUUGGUCGAAUUCGACAACGAGACUGCCGACCUUGCCGGAGACGGAGACGGAGACGCAGACGCAGACACCGCUGAAGCCGAUGACGCAGACAUCGAGGUUUUUGUAUCGUCAGUGAGAGUGAUCAGGGGCAGGGAAAGGCACCGCAAUGGAAUGCGGGAUGCGCUUGCUCGUCAGUUAUCUAUGCCCCCUCAUCCCCUACUCUAUACAUUCAAGUUAGUAGUACCAAUCUCCC